UAAGGAAGCCCGUGAUGAAGCAACUUGAAGGGGGUAUACUUUAUUUUCCUUUUCCUCGUCUUCUCGUCCACAAAAGAGCCUUCAAAAGAAUUUAGAAUUUAGGACUGAAUGUCAAGUGAGAAGCCACCGUUGGGAUCGGGCUUAGCCCGGACGAGGUCCGAGCAACUCCUAGAGUCACUGGCCGCGGCCUUCAAGUCAUCGUCCCAUGGCUCAAUGGACGCGAACGGAUUGACCACGGCCGCGCCCCCAGGAGGGACCUUGUCGAGGAAGUCGAGCCGGAGGCUGAUGAUGGGAACCGCUGCAUCGUCGCCGAGUGGAGGGAGUAGUAUAAAGAAGGGGAGGAGCGGGCAGUUGAAGAUGGAAGUGGACGAGGUGAGCAGUGGAGCAGCACUGAGCCGAGCCUCGAGCGCUUCGCUCGGGCUAUCGUUCUCGUUCACCGGAUUCUCCAUGCCGCCGGAGGAGAUCUCCGACUCCAAACCCUUCAGCGACGACGACGACGAGAUGAUUCCUGAAGACGAUGGAGGAGGAAACAAGCAACCCAGGUUUCAAGCAGAACCAACAUUGCCUAUCUACCUCAAGUUCACCGAUGUCGCAUACAAAGUGGUGAUUAAAGGGAUUACUUCCUCGGAAGAGAAGGAGAUAUUGAACGGAAUAAGUGGGAAUGUCGAUCCUGGUGAAGUUCUUGCUCUCAUGGGGCCUUCGGGUAGCGGCAAAACAACGCUUCUGAGUCUUCUCAGUGGCCGGCUUCCUCAGCCUUCCGUCGGAGGAUCAGUUACUUACAAUGACAAGCCUUAUUCCAAGUUCUUGAAAAGCAAGAUAGGGUUUGUGACACAAGACGAUGUUCUUUUCCCCCACCUCACCGUGAAAGAGACUCUAACUUCAGCUCGUCUUCGCCUGUCCAAGUCUCUAACGAGGGAGCAGAAGGAGAAACGAGCUCUUGACGUUAUUCAAGAAUUGGGUUUGGAGAGAUGCCAAGACACAAUGAUCGGCGGUUCAUUCGUGCGUGGAGUUUCGGGUGGAGAGAGGAAGAGAGUCUCGAUAGGAAACGAGAUCAUCAUCAACCCUUCAUUGUUAUUUCUUGACGAACCCACAUCGGGUUUGGAUUCAACCACUGCUCUAAGAAUCAUUCAGAUGUUACAUGACAUAGCAGAGGCGGGUAAAACUGUGAUCACGACGAUACAUCAACCAUCGAGCAGACUCUUCCACAGAUUCGAUAAACUGAUUCUACUAGGAAGAGGAAGCUUGCUCUACUUCGGGAAAGCAACUGAAGUUAUGGUGUAUUUCUCUUCCAUUGGGUGCUCACCCCUUAUUUCCAUGAACCCUGCAGAGUUCUUGCUCGACCUUGCAAACGGGAAUAUCAACGAUAUCUCGGUACCUUCCGAGUUAGAGGAUAGAGUUCAGGUGGGAAAUUCAGGCAGAGACAUCCAGAACAGCAAGCCAUCUCCUGCACUUGUUCACGAGUAUCUUGUCGAGGCCUACGAGACACGGGUCACAGAACAGGAGAAGAAGAAGCUCACGGAACCUGUUCAACUCGACGAAGAACUGAAGGCCAAGAUAGCGUGUCCUAAGCGAACAUUUUCAAUAAUUUGGUAUGAACAUGUACAUGGAGAGCGUCGACACGAUUAUUUCAGUUGGUUGAGAAUCACACAAGUGAUCUCCACAGCUGUAAUCUUAGGCCUUCUCUGGUGGCAAUCUGAUAGCAGAACCCCUAGAGGAUUGCAGGAUCAGGCGGGUUUGCUGUUCUUCAUCGCGGUAUUUUGGGGAUUCUUUCCUGUAUUCACGGCUAUAUUUACUUUCCCUCAAGAACGAGCGAUGCUGAGCAAGGAGAGAGCGGCCGAUAUGUACAGAUUGAGCGCGUAUUUUCUGGCGAGAACCACGAGCGAUCUUCCUCUUGAUAUGAUACUUCCCGUGCUCUUCCUCCUCGUGGUUUACUUCAUGGCAGGUCUAAGGCUAAGUCCCGGUCCGUUCUUCUUCAGCAUGCUCACUGUUUUCCUCUGCAUUAUUGCCGCUCAGGGACUAGGAUUAGCCAUUGGAGCCACGCUUAUGGACCUGAAGAAAGCUACAACUCUUGCUUCUGUAACUGUCAUGACCUUCAUGCUGGCCGGUGGAUUCUUCGUCAAGAAAGUUCCGGUGUUCAUCUCGUGGAUUCGUUACAUCUCCUUCAAUUACCACACCUACAAGCUUCUUCUCAAAGUACAGUAUCAGGACCUCGCCGGAUCCAUCAAUGGCGUCAGAAUCGACAACGGAAUAACAGAAGUCGCUGCACUUGUCGCGAUGAUCUUUGGGUAUCGGUUUCUUGCUUACGUCUCGCUUCGGCGGAUGAAGAUCAGAGCAUGACCCUUUGACAGAAAAAACAUGGCACGAAACAGGAUCAAGUGACGGUACCUAGACAGCGAUGAGUCUCUGGCUUUCGUCAAGAUUCAAGAUCGGUUCCAAGAACUUGUCGUGGCCCACCAUCGGUUAUGUGGGUGUCGAUGAAUUGAUGAUCAUUGAUUUUCGUAUGGUUGAGCAAAUAACCACAGAAUCAAAGAGGCUGUUUAUCAGCAAAAUCUUUUUGAUUUUUAUUGUUCUUUCUUCAUCUGUCGGCUUCGUGCAGAGAGAGAGGAAGAGAGUGAAAGCGUGUUGAAUUUGUGAUGGUUGAUUGCUUUGAUUAGAGGAUAAUAUUUGAUAUUUUAGCAUAAUUAAGUAUUUGAAAACUUGAUAA